AUGGCAGUUCAUGGCCGAAAGUGUCUUAUGAAUUUCAAGUCUAAAAACAGUGGUAUAUGGGCUUCGAUUUGUUCUUCAUUGAAAGAGAUCCAUGCCUUGUCCUCCGUUCCUGCAAAUGUCAUCGCUAGGCGGCUAGGCAAUGGUGAGUCAACCCAUUUUUGGACUGAUAUUUGGAUGGGGAAUGAGGCCUUUUCUAGUAGGUUCCCAAGACUUUAUGCUAUGGAGACAAACAAACAGGCCCUUGUUAGUAAUAGGUGGAAUAAUGGCGAAUGGUCUUGGUUAUGGCGCAGGAACAUUCGCGAUGGGGCUGAAGCAACACAGCUUGCCAAUUUAACCUCAUUGAUUCAAUCUAUUCAACUUAUAGAUAAGGCUAACUCUUGGACUUGGAAUGUUCCAGGUAAUACAUCCUUCUCUGUUCAUCAAUUUCGACUUUGUCUUGAACGUGCUCUGUUCCCAUGUGAGCCACUUAAGACAAGUUGGAAUUCUUUAGUACCUAAAAAAGUUAACAUUUUUGUCUGGCGUCUUCUGAGGGAUCGUCUCCCAUCUCGAUUAAAUCUCAACCUCAAAGGACUAGACAUUGAUGAUAUCUCUUGCCCACUAUGCCCAUACCAGGUUGAAUCAAUCCAACAUCUCUUUUCGUCUUGUAUGCUUUUUAAUGAACUGGCACAAAUCAUAAGCAAUUGGACACGGAUUGACAUUGUUAUUGCUAACCCAAAAUCGACACUAUAA